CUUAACAACUAAACUACGCAGAGGGAGGCAAAAACACGAUUAUUUGGAUAGCAGAGUUACAAAUGACGUUUACUGUACUUGCAUCACUAAAGUAAAAAAGGCCGUUGUCAAUAUCGAGUGCUAUAAUUUUUUUUGCAGCACUAGCCAGUUAAGUAUUUCCGGUUCGUACUGGCGUUUCUGAAAGUACAUUCCUGACAAAGGUAAUCUGCCAUAAUCGGAUUAAUGCAAGCUGGUUUGUGAAAAUUAACAGUGGAUACCAGGGUGAUUGUGGAAUUCUUUUGAAUUGACAGUGUAAACAAGCGAUUUCAGAUAGCAGAGUGUGAUGUGGAUAGCGGGCGUCGCGUCUAAUUCCAGUAAAAGUUAUUUUUCGACGCUCUUCCGUAUUGAGUGGUCAUUGUUAUCAAAACUACCGGUCUAAGGCAGCUCUGAUUUGUUAACCGAACUAGACCGCCACAAGGGAGUACAUCUUAAAUCGUAAUAGUGGAAAAAGGUGUAACAUGUGAAAGUAACGGAUCACUCGUUUUCAUCAAUAAUAGCGAGGUUGCCAGUUACGGAGACAUUAACGUUAAACACGUGAGUGAAGUGCGUGACGAGGGGGGCACUAAAUUUAUAGUGCAUCUGCGUUGGUUCCAUCAAGGUUCCCUUCUUCGGUGCAUCUGCAUAAGUAGCUACUUAAUAGUAAGAAUAGUGAUCACCGACAAGAAUCACUGCUGUAGCAACGUAGGCUUUGAAGUAUAUGCCUAUGUCAACCGGUGGUGGCCGAAAGUGCGAAUCAUAGGGUUCGUAUUACGUGGGAUGUUCGAUGAAGUUUUCGUCAUUUCGUAAUGGUUGAUGUCACCGAUGAUCCUGCCUCCAACCUACCGCCGGCGACGUCUGCGCGAGUGGGGCCUCCAGAUGGCUCGGAGAACGGUCGACUUCCCCUGAAUGGCCACGUGACUAUACCAGCGCCUCGUAGCGUAAAUCAUAAGGACAACGAAAAUCACAGCAGCCCAGUCAACACCUCAGGCGUGGUCGCUAGGACUGAGACCUGUGAGGAGCCUCUUGUCAAGACGGAGGCUUCCUCAUCCCCAAGUGACACCAUCGGUGACUUCCCUCACCCAUCCCAGAUUUUAGCAAACCAGCUUCACACACAACAGCCAAACGCGCAGUCAGGAGGUAAUUUUUGUAAUCUUGGAUCGCCAACUAACCAGGUGGAAUUGGGAGGUUAUCCGCUUCUAAGCGCCACCGCGGAUAUUAAAUGGUACUCGGAUUUCGGUUGUUCAGGCCCUAAUUCGAUGGGACCUCAGGGUGCUCACGGUGCUGAAAAACUACCCAUAGCGUCUAGCCCUCCAUCAACUUCAUCCGAGAAGUCUCUACCGUCUUUCCAGGACUCGUCCCCCUACGCAGCGUACACCAACAUGCAAGCUACGGCUUACGGCAGCAACUCAUCCGGUGGAGGGACCUACAGUUCACCUCACAGUAACGCCAAUCCCUUCUACAAUAAUCCAGUUCACUCAGGCUAUACCAAUUUGACCAUCGGAACCCCUUAUACCGAUCAAUUACGAACGUCAUCCAGCAGUACGAAACAUACAUCGACAUCAACAUACCUAGCACACUACCCCACCGCGUUCAGUUCACCUUCCGCGGCAACAGGAUCCACUUCCUCCGCCGGACCACAAACAUCAUCCUCACAGAGCCCCCCAUCGGUUUACUCCUCUUAUCCUUCAUUUCCGUCUACUACACCAUCACAAGGUGGUGCCUUCUCACAGCCUGGUCCAUUGGACUACAGCGCCUAUGGAUACAGCAAUUAUUAUUAUAGUGGAUCGAGUCAAGGAUAUCCAGGCAGCGGGUACGCCUCUGCUCUUAGCCAGCUAACACAGGCUCAAGGUAACUCCAUGGCUACUGCUUCCACUUAUUCUCCAAUCACUGCAUCAACCAUCACAUCAAACGAUCUUCCAUACGGUCUCUCCGGUCAAGCUAGUCCUCCGCUACCCUACAAUAAAAGAAAUAAACAAGCAAAAAGGACACGCAAAGUAAGCAACAAUAUUCUCAUGCAGGCGCUCAGCGUCAGUCCAGAGCCGGAACAAACAACGGAAAGAGUUUUCAUUUGGGAACUUGAUGAAACGAUCGUACUCUUUCAGUCAUUGAUCGAUGGACAGUUUGCGAUGACGCAUCGAAAGGACAUGGCUGUAGCGAAAGACUGCGGACUCAAAAUGCAGGAACUCAUGUUUCGUAUUGCUGAUGGCCACCUGUUCUAUCGUGAAUUGGAGGCGUGCGAACAGGUCAAUGUAGAAGAUGUGAGCAGUGAAGAACAACUUGCAGUUCAGCAACAACAGGGAGGUCCCAAUAAUCCAGCUAUGUCAACUCUUCCUCUUCCAGGACCUAUUUGUAUGAACGGAGGGCGACCGGCUGGGAUCGACUGGAUGCGAAAGCUCGCCUCUCGGUAUCAACACAUCAGAGAUGUGUAUAAGGAUUACGCCGGAAAUGUUGGCGCAUUAGUAGCAGCGUCAAGUGUCGACCAUUCUGUCUCAGGGGGAGUGAGCCUCGGAGUUCAGGGAGCAGGCGUAGAAGAAUGGCUCAAACUACGCCAGAAGAUAGAAGAAAUCACCGACAAAUGGCUAACACACGCUCAAAUGUGCAUACAGCUCAUCAAUCAAAGAUCGAACUGCAUCAACGUGCUGGUGUCGUCCAAUCAACUCGUCUUAACUCUUACCAAGCUACUCCUGUUUGGCCUCGGGGAGCAUUUCCCCAUAGAAAACGUCUACUCUUCCCACAGAAUCGGUAAAGAAAGCUGUUUUGAGCGUGUUCUCAAUAAGUUUGGAAAGAAAUGUACCUACAUCGUUGUUGGAGGUUCUAAAGAAGAUGAAAGUUCGAGUAAAGCGCUGAAUCUCCCAUUCUGGCGGGUCAGCCAGCAUUCGGACUUAGAGGCUCUACACUAUGCUCUUGACUUGGGUCACCUGUGAAUUAAUUGCUAUCGAAAGCAGAUGACAUAACAGAUGGGCAGCAAAUGGUUUGGCAUAGGUAAAUACAUUUCUGCCUUCCCACUACUUAAGGAAGUCAUUGGAUGUGCCCAUCCAGAAAGCUCAUGUGAUGUUCUCGCUGGCUCUGCGGACAAUAAAGCUCAUCAUCCUUGUAUAUGUACACCCAACUGAGGACUAAUCUAGCGCUACUUAACAAACAUUAGAAAUUUAAGGUCGGACGGUUAAUAAUGACGAAAGCAUCAUCAGGAAUUCGUCAUUGUUACUGUGGUAACAAUUUAGGACUAAAUUGGAAAAUAAGAAUAUCAAGUCAUUAUAUAUGUAUCAAGUGAACCAUAUUUUAAUUGCUAUAUUUUCCGUUGCGGCGAUGUGUAAAUAUCAAGCAGUCCAGCGUAUUUAAGGGUGUCCUUCGCGAGGACACCAAGACCAACAAGUGAACCAAGGAAAUACCAGCACGAAUAUUUCUUAUUUAAGAUUAAAACCAUAGAACAAAGUUUAACUGGCGUUGUUGUUGACAUACUAAAGAAACUCAGGUAAAAUGAUAGAGAAUUACAACUGAAUUUUUAAUAUAUUUUGGGAAUCGUCAUUGAUCAGAAAUGAAGAAUGAAUACAGAGCCGUUUUUCUCUUUUUAUGGUAAUACCAAAUACCCGAUUUUUGCAUUUCAUGGCAAUAUAUAUUUAAUGGUAGCUGCCAGAGCAAGUAUUGCGUUUUCAUACAGCCAAUUAUUUCAAGGGUGAUUGCUUUUAAUAACUAUGGUGGUAGUAGUAGUCUAAUAGGUUAAUUUUUCGGGUGCAAUUUUCUCACCUUUUUAUUCCCGCGAAUUUAUUACCUAAGACUACAGGCGACCCGAAUAGGAAUAAUCUAUCAGAAAUCGUUUUCGUCCGGGAUAAGAACGUAUUGCCAUUAGCCCUUCAUUAUCCACCAUAAUAUCUGUGUAUUGAAAUGUCCUAUAUUCGUUUACGUCGUGUUGGAAUCUUUUGAGACAUCAAUGGACAACCGUAUUUCGCAAAAUUCACCUUCUGUGACUACUGUUUGCUGAUCUGUAUAUGGGAAUUCUAUCCUAUGUAUUUUUUUUUGCUGCCUGUUAAUAAUAUCUGAUUAAAUGAGAAAUACGUAAAAUUUAUGAUAAAAAAGAAAGCUAAACAUCUAAUAAUUUGUAUCUGAAAAAUUGAGUAUUGACAGAAGUCGCGUAUUUUUUUCGAAGGUACAAGAAAAUGGAGAUACAAUGUUUACCUAACUUUUCGUCUAAUGGUUCUUUAAUCAGUGUGUACUUUUCUCACUUUAAAUACACACAUUUUUUAAAUAUGUAUUAAUUUAGUUCAAAUUACUAGGUUAUAUAACGCAAAAUUUCGUUUACAACGUUUCGUAGGAGCAUCGUUCUGAAAUUCACGAUCACUAGACCAUAGUCAGUAAAGUUUUUCCAUACUCAUUUUAACCCACUCAAUAUCUACAGACAAACAUGUAAUUAAUCUCAAAAUCAUAUGAACUUUUAGGCUCGCGUUAGAAAAUCCAUUAAAUUUAUAGGAAUGAGCUAAAAAUAGUUUAAGGAAAGCUGAAAACCACAAUUCAGUCUUACUACCUGGGUUUAGUUUAGUUCUAAGCAAUCGAUGCGCUCAGCUAUCGAGCGCUUGUAGUGCCAUGCUAAUGUAAAAAACAAGAAAUAAAAUGUAGGUGCCUACGAUUCGACGACACAAUUGAUUAGCAGGUUUAAAAAAGGUUGAAUAUGUAUCGGCUUAGUGCUCCAGUGUUUAUCUCGAACCUAAGGAAAGUUUCAUCUUCAAUAUGUCUAAUGUUUAUUGCAUCAAACUUGAAUUAGCAUGAAUUGGUCCAAUAUGAAAGUCAUCGAAUUUAUUAGAGCAGGGGAGGCAAGUGAUGUGUGAUGCCAGGUUCUCGAGACUAACUACAACAAUUUGAAAGAUAACCUUGUACACCCAUAAAGAGGAUGCCCUCAGAGAUUUUCGUCUACCUAUUAUAUGAUACGAUAUUAUACAAGCUGUCGCAAAUGCAAAUACAUUCAUGCAACACGUUUGCGAUUUCAAACACAUUAAUUACUAUAUUAAAAUAAUUUUUGAGACCAAGAAUACACUCGUGAACUAUUUUACCACUGGAAUUAACGAAAUUAUACGUGCAGACGCACUUACAUAAGUGUUACAUUAACGAUCUGAGCAGGGUAAUUGCAUAGUGCAUUUACUUGAAAUCUACGUGUAGGUUAUUCCUGACUCGCAAACUUUUAACUUCUGCUCCUUUUUACUUCAGUAGCAAAUGAAGGAAUGAGUAAGCUAAGUGUACGAAAUCUGCUUUACCGUUUGGUGGCAGACGGUUAGGAUACCCAGCUUUGAUAGCGAACUCCGAGAACAUGGACUGAGAUUCUGUAGAAAUUGUACUAUAAGGAAUUUUCUUACAAAACUCACGCGUACAGUUGGUAACCGAUCAUUUAUUGUGAUAAUAUGCGUAAUGAGUUGAAUUAGGAAUAGCGUGCGACUACACAAAUACCAUACUUGCCUUUAAGUUGGUAUUGGGAGAUUAGAUCUGCAGUAGUCACAAACUCGUGCUCGAAACAAAGACCAGCAAUUUCAUAUUGACCAGAAAGAGCUAAAUUGCAAGGAUAUAAAAGUGUGUCAAAUAACAGAGAUAGUGAUCUCCCGAUUGUCACGGGUGGCAACCCAGCAGAAAAAAGAUCAAGGGCUAUCAAUUGGCACAGUUCUUAUUUAUUAUACGCAGCAACGGCCAAUAUGUCAUGUCUUGUCGUGUUCACACAAAUAACACAAACGGAGUUUAGUGUAUUAUUCACACAGCUCAUAAAUCAGGAACUGCAAGAUUCUGAUGUACGACAGACGCAAGUAGAAACGGUUAACUGGACAUAAGCAAGCACCUCCAUACACAUUUUUCUCGCAAUAAAAAUGCAAAUUUUUUUUCGAAUUCCUGCAAGUCUAUGUAAAUCGAUUCGGAUAAUGAUGCGGCUUAUUUUUAUAUUUAAAUUCGAAUCACAUUUUUAAAUGUUUUAUUAUUACCGUAUUAAAUUGGUUACUCCCGACUGCAAUAUGUGAAAAGAUCCGUUUUGGUCUUUGGUGUAUGUUCAACUACAUACUAAAACGUAUUUGUACAUAUUACUAAAAAAUAUUUAGCUAUAACAAGUAGAAGCAAAUUCCAAUACAAGACAUCUCAAGGUGUUCCCAAAAUUUUUGCCGAGUUUUCACUCCUGAUCAGCUUUUUAAUCCGUGUAUAUUUUAAUGUUGCAUCAUAAAUGUAAGGAGUAAUUUUUUGAUUCGUUGGCUCCACAAUAUUUAAUUACUGCACUGAAGGUAAAAAACAAUAUGCGAAUAUUUUUAAUUUUGCCUUAUUUGCUAUUUACAUCGAUGCCAUUUUCCUAUUACUCAAGUCUCGAGGGUAACUUCAAUUGAGACGAUGUAAUGAGACGAUGAGGGUAACUUCAAUGAACGAUAUAAAUCGUAACAAUAAAGGUGCGCAAUGAUUCCAUAAGAAAGUUGCGAAAACUGUCAAAACCGUCGCCCUACAUUUAGGCGUUAUUAUUUCAUCAAGCACCGAGUGAAAUAACACGGUAUCUUAGAUCUCGGUAUUUCUCCCUUUGCUUGAGCAGCCUUUAUGUUUCGAGUACUACAUCCGGCAUCGCCGUGUAGCAUUCCACCACACGGCCAGCCUCUAGCACAAAACUGUGUGCGAACCUAGACCACCUCUGCUCAAGCCUCAUCAAGUUCAUCGUGUCAAAGCCAACCUAGCCAGCUUUCUCUGCAUAGGUUUUCCUGUAAAUAAAUAGCGUUUUAGUUGUUUCAGUUAUCAACCCUCAGCUAGUACUAAGUCUAGUUGAGGACUGAUAAUAUUGACCUGCGUAAUAGUCACAAUUGACCCUAACGUAAAUAAUAUUCCGAGAGGUGCUUCUAUUACUACUACUGAAGUGCUAAAUAGAAACAAAUAUGAAUAGAAAUAAAUUUGAG